AUGAGUUCAGCACCUAGAGAUGCACUGGAGUUUCCAGAGUCAGACAGGGGGUUCUUAGAGCCUCAUCUACCGCCACAGGAUGGCUCGGCACCUGAGUCUGAUCUCCCCUUCACAACACUCACAUUCGCGACCUCGCUUGACUCUUCUCUAGCUCUGUCCCCUGGUGCACGUACGGUACUCUCAGGCCCUCAGUCUAAGGCAAUGACUCAUUAUCUGCGAUCCCGCCAUGACGGAAUUAUCAUUGGCGUUGGUACGGCAGUGGCAGACGAUCCCGGUCUCAACUGUCGAAUCACAGGAGUCGGUGGUUAUGGCCAGGAGGGCCUAGCUGGCCAACCUCGACCAGUUGUGAUUGAUCCAACAGCCCGAUGGGAGUUUUCAGACGACAGCAAGCUGUUCCAACUUUGCAGAGAGGGGCGUGGCCGUGCCCCAUGGAUCAUCACCGCGGUUGACAAACCGAACGCCAAGAAGCAAGCGUUGCUGGAAAGAUACGGCGGAAGAUUCAUCUCAGUAAAAAUGAUUAGAACGCAUACCGGCCGACAUCAGAUUGACUGGCCAGAUUUGCUGGUCACCCUGAAAUCGAACGGCCUCGGGAGCGUGAUGAUAGAGGGUGGUGGUCAGGUCAUCAAAUCCCUUUUGAGCCCACUUUACAUGUCUUUGCUAGACAGCGUGAUUGUUACUAUUGCUCCCACAUGGCUGGGUGAAGGUGGUGUGGUCGUCUCCCCCGCUAGGCGCUUUGACGAGGAUGGAAAUGCGAUCUCUGCAGCAAGAUUGAAGAAUGUCAAAUGGUACCCAUUUGGGGAAGAUGUCGUCCUCUGUGGGCAGAUCAAGCUCUCUGACUGA